AUGAGUAAUAAGAAAGCUCAAGGAGACAAACAAAAAUAUAGUGAUAAAUCAGAUCGGGCUACUACAGAACAAGCUAAUGUAUAUCACGCAGUUACCGAAGACGGAACUAGUCGAGCCAUAAAAGUUUAUAAAACUUCAAUUCUUAUAUUUAAAGAUCGUGAUCGAUAUGUUACCGGAGAAUUUCGAUUUAGACAUGGGUAUAGCAAACAUAAUCCACGUAAAAUGGUAAAAUUAUGGGCUGAAAAAGAAAUGAGAAAUUUGAAAAGAUUAUGGCAAGCUGGAAUACCUU